AUGGAGCGUAGUCGCAGUGCAGCUGGCGAAAUCCCCACCACAAUCCUGCAACAAUUACGCAGGAUCCCGACGCCGCUUGCAUUACUGAUUGGCAUUAUAUUCGGGUUCAUUGUUUCACGAUUCCAGCCGACUUUCUUUUCUACAAGCCCGAUUGCGUAUACGAAAUCCCGCCAGCAAACCCGCCAGCCGAUAGCUUUGCCGACCCUCGAGCAGCGACUCCGGGUACUCGACCUCGUCACGUCUCUGUCGCCACAUUAUACGAAGGAAUGCACUCGCAACUCCCAGCCAAUGUACUGGCAACAGACAUACGAGCGAUAUGCCCCAUUAAUAGGCCACAAGUCUCCGAAGAACCCGUCCUGGUUUUCCUCGGUUUUCACAACGUCUUCUGCUCAGCAACCACUGUAUGCUCGUAACAAAGCUAGCGACCAGGACUUGACCGAGCAUAAAUACUUCUUCGCUAUUAACCUUUAUAACUCGUUCGACGUAAUCCCUGACCUCUUCGCAACCCUCUUUCGCGUCGCGGCAAUCCUCGGAUACCACAACGUCUUCAUUUCCAUAUACGAGAACGGUUCCACCGAUCAAACGAAGGCCUUGUUGCGCAUAUUCGAUGCUUUGACCCGUUCACUCGGCAUGCGCAUUACUAUCCGAACCUCUCAGCGCACACGUGGUGCCUUCAAUCAUCGUAUUGAAUAUCUUGCCGAGGUGCGAAACGCUGCGUUUGUCCCUUUGCACGAGCUCCGCGAUUCGGAGGGUGAAUACUUUGACUCCAUCAUCUUCAUGAACGACAUCCUCCCCUGUGUCGACGACCUUCUGGAGCUCGUCUGGCAAUCGAGGAACAACAACGCGGGUAUUACAUGUGCAGCCGAUUAUAUGUAUCAUGACGAAAUCCAGGCGCCUGUAUUCUACGACAACUGGGUGGCCCGCGAUAUCAAUGGAACCGCUUUAGAAAACGCUCCCUUCGAAAGUAUCUUUCACCACGCAGAUUCCUCCAUGCGCUUCCAGCGUCAUCUCCCAGUACAAGUGCAGAGUUGUUGGAAUGGUAUCGCCGUUCUCGAUCCGGCACCAUUCUAUGAGCCUCCUCAUGUGCGUUUCAGAAUGGCGCGGAUUACCAACGGUGAAUGUAGUGCCAGUGAGUGUAGUCUAAUUUGCAACGACUACUGGGAAGCAGGCUACGGGCGAAUUAUGAUGGUCCCUAGAGUGAAAUUGGCCUACGACAGACGCGUGUUCGACAUCAUCCACCCGGCCCGUCGUAAUCUCACCGCUAUUCGUGGGUUCAAGCGACUAGGCGGCCUUCCAGACAAUCCUCGCACUGACCCGCAAGAUCGCGCAUGGUUUGGUCCUCACGAUCGUCUCUUCACCGAGGAGGAAGGUGAGCCGCUGGUCUUCGGUCCAGGUCCCGAAUACGUUUGGUGCUGGGGUUGGGACGGUGCUGGUGAUCUUGACGGACCAGACGUCGACCCUAUCUGGGAGCGCAUGCCUAACGCGUCGACUAAAGCCAGCGCAGUGAAAUUGCGACAUGACCGUGGUAUGGCAUCUGUUCCUGUAGUUGGCUUGUAA